UGGUGGUGUCUUCCAAUCACCGUAACAAGAAGAUUGCGAUAAGACUCAUGAAGAAUGCAAUGGGUGCUAUCCCUGCGGCUGUGGGGCUUAUCACAAGCCAUCCAUUUGCGGUUCGCUCGCUAGAAAGGGCGACAGGGAAGCGUGUUUCUCCAGAUAUGGUCGUCGUGUAUGGCCCAGCGAUGAUGAAGGCUUCUGGAGUGCCUUACCUGCAAGGCCUGCCGAUGGCUUCGUGGACACCCAAUUCUUUGCGGAUCACAGCGAGGUGCUCGACUUGCUAGCCAAGAUGCCGGACUGGAGUUUAGGAGCACUGGAAGAGGGAAAGGAGUUCGUGGCGGUCGUCUUACCGUUUGAAAAGUAAAGGGAUGUGUAGCUUUAGGGCUUUCAUGUCCAUGGAGUUUCGUCUUGCGUCGACUCUCUCUGACGAGCUCGCGGUGCAGUGCGCGAAGCUCUUCUCCACGUCGUAUGGAGUUUGGGGAAGAGGAGCGCCGCCGGAUCGUGUUGGUAAGCGAGCCAAGAUGAGCGUCUCAUGGAUGCGCAGGGAGAUCUUCUUCGACGACCGCUGCUUUGUUUCUCUGGCGCUCCUAGAGAACAAGGUGAUUGGGCAAGCGUUUUGCCGGCGUUUUUGGUAUGGGCCUCUUCAAGGGGACGUGGUGUGGAUUAUACAACUUGUCGUAAAUCCUUUGUUUCGACACCAAGGAGUGGCAACCAAGCUGAUCAAGCGUGCGCUGGAUGGGCCAUCGGAUGUCGCUGCCGGGCUUGUGUCCAGUCAUCCAUACGCGAUUCGUGCACUGGAAUCGGCCACGAACACACGAGUUGAUCCAAGCUUUCUCACACAACAUGCUGUGGGCAUCAUCCGUUCAUCGCAAGUACCUUACAUCCACAAGCGAGAAAUUACCGGCUUCAGGAUAAACACGGAAUUCUUCGUAGAUCACACUGAAGUGAAUGCCAUACGCGACGGCGACCCGGAUUGGAAGCUCGGCUCCCUUGAAGACGGGGAGGAAAUCGUUGGUAUUUGUGCGCCAUUGAAUCUCAAGUAG